UUCACUCCACCGGUCUAGCUAACACCGGAGACCAGACUCACGCACUCGCGCAGGCGCAUACAGCCUCUCGCUCUCCGCCGGCGACUGUUCCUGCUGUGAGCCUCAGCUGCAUUUCGAGUCCUGACGUCGCGAUUCUUAGGGUUUCUUCAAAGUCUUCUGUCUGAGGUUGCAGAGAAAUGGCUGGUCGUUCUGGUUCGCUUCUCCGAUCUUUGAGAUCCUUGAUCGGGUCCUCGCGAAAUUCUUUGUGCCGUGAUGAUGCCCACUUUGUCCAGCCUCACCGCUCAUUUUUUACAAUCAACAGUGGCAGAACUGUGGGACAAUUGGGCAGCAACCACUUGCCAAUGCCGAUCCAGGCAGGUCAUACGAGACAGGGUGGUUUCAUGAGCAACUCUUAUUCAUGGAGCAUAUUGCCCAAUUUGACAAACGGCAAUUUCUUGUCUCAGCAGCGAAGGACUUUCAUUCAGAUGGGGACUAUUCUCAAAGUCGUGGACAAUUCAGGGGCGAAGAAGGCAAUGUGCAUCCAAGCUUUGAAGGCAGGAAAGAAAGGGGCGAGGCUAGGAGACACGAUAAAGGUGUCUAUCAAGGAGGCACUUCCCAAUGGGAAAGCUAAGAAAGGGGAUAAAUUCAGUGCCAUAGUCGUGCGCGCCGCAAUGCCGCGUGGUCGCUGUGACGGCAGCGAGAUCAAGUUCGACGACAAUGCCUGUGUUCUCAUCAUGAGUAAAAGCAAGGACAAAGACCCCGUGGGGACAAGGGUGUUUGGGCCAGUUCCACACGAGUUGAGGAAGAAGAGCGUGAAGAUUUUGACUUUGGCGGAGCAUAUCGCUUGAAGAAAUAUCGCAUGUAAUGAUAUUCGUAUGUGUAGUGAGGUUUCUGAACGCUGCAAUGAUGUCUGGAUCGGUUUCACCAAGAAGUGCUUGUGUGCCUCUUGAGCUCCAUUGAACUGUUCUUGCAUCUGAAGUGAUCAUCAUGGGAUUAAGGGGAUCUUUCUUUUGCUUCUCUUUAUGUCCCUUUUCUCAGCCGAUUAGCAAGUUCUUCGAAAGAUUUAUCGGACUUUGGACCGUGGCGUAAAACCUGCUUGAAGAUGUGCAGUCGUAAGCAGUCGAUGAACUUGGGUGGUGACGGUUGUCAUUGAUAAAGAGAUUCUCGUAUUGAAGUUGAUAAUAUGUAACUACGUUGAGAAUUUAAAUUUCCUUUCUCUCUUACAAAAAUUAAAAGUUAUUGUCUGA